UCUCGAUGCCCGCGCCUCGCGGCUGCACUCCCACUCGCUCGCGCACAACGCACAGACUCCAGGAGGCUGGGCAGCGGGGAGCGGCAUGGAAUGGAACCUCAGAAGGAUGGAGAGCGAACUGAGGCAGAUAAAUCCUGACUUGCUGCAGCCCAGCAAGAGCUUCAAGAAGCUGUCCUCGGGCACCAUCACUCUCAACGUGGGGGGCUACCUGUACGCCGCCCAGAGGCAGACGCUGGUCCGGCACCCGGGCUCCCUGCUGGAGGAGCUGGCCAGUGGGAAGAAGCCCGUCCAGCAUGUGGACGCCAUGGGGAACACCUUCAUCGACCGCGACGGCCCUGUCUUCCGCCACGUCCUCAACUUCCUGCGGCUGGGGGAGCUGGUGCUACCGGAGGACUUCAAGGAGGCCAGGCUCCUGCGGAGGGAGGCUGAGUUCUACCGGCUCGGGGAGCUGGUUGAGGCAGUGCAGGACUGGGAGCAGCGGCAGCUCAGCCGGCAUGAGCCUGCCUUCCUGGAGGUGACCGACAACCACGAGCGCUCCCAGGGCCUCAGGAUCUAUUGCAGCGACUCCAGCUUCAUCGAGAAAGUCAAGUGUCGUCUGGUGCAGGUCUCCAAGAGCCGACUGGACGGCUUCCCUGAGGAGUUUGAGGUCUCGUCCAACAUCAUCCAGUUCCGCCACUUCAUCAAGUCGGAGAUGGGCUCUCGGCUGGUGCUGAAGGAAGACAACACCUUCGUGUGCACGCUGGAGAGCCUGAAGCUGGAGAUAGUCAUGCUGGCUCUGAGAAGCAGCUACCGGCUCCUCACCAGCCUGGACAGCAGCCGUGGGUCCGUGGUGCAGUGCGAGGCCCUCCACUUUGUCAAGUGAGCAAGGGUCCGUCAAGAACAUCCGUCAGGAGACAGCUGCAGCUAUGCUCCACACGGCAACCCUGAGAAAGGUUCCUCAUUUACCUUUUAGCAAAGCACAUUUUUUAUUCAUCACUACCUGUGUUUUUCUAACCCUCUCUCCCCAACCACCCAUGAUGUCAUGAACAAGCCAGAUUUAUUCAGUACUGUGUAUUCUUUUGGACUGUGUUUAGAGUUCUUUGUGCUGCUCUAUCAGAUUUGAGCUGCUUCCAGCACUUCCAGACUGUGGUUUUGUGCAACAGGCUGCUGAACUGCUGAGAUUAUUAUGCCACAUAAACACCACUCCACCAGACCUCCCUUGUGCUUUUUUACCUGGUAAUUAUAAACUGAAUAUUGUCUGCAAAGUAUUCAAUUACGUAUGUCACAAUAACAAUGACACUGUAAUUAUAAUGAAUGGAAAAUCUGAUAUGUGUCUGGUUGAGUAACAACCUUGUACAUAUUGCUUGUUAUUAAAAAAGGGGAGAAUACGUAUAUAAGUGGCUACAUGCCAUGUGAAAGAUAUAACCAUUUAAAAAGGUUACCUUUUUAAUAAUGCAUGUAUAAAAGUGAAUUAUUAAACUUGAAGCCAUUUUGUGAUAUGUACCUGUACAGUGAUCUGCAGUAUAUUGUAGUGGAUCUGUGAGUGGGUUUCCAUGAAAUAAAA